AUGUGGAAGCACAUUUGCCCACUUGCUGAUUUCCACUGGCCGCCGCCACAUUAUCGCGUUCGACGGGAGCAGGACGUUGUUGUGAAGAAGAUUAAUAAAAUUCACUCUAAAUUAAGCCAAACCCCACGAGAGACGGCAGAACGCUUUGGAGAGAAGCUGUGGAUAAAGCUACGGGGAUUCUACGUCGAGGCCAAACGCCUUGCAGAUCUUGAAGAAAGUCUCUGUACCUCUUGCAUCAGAGAACUCGACCCAUCACAAGUUUCAGCCAUUUCAGCUCCGCACGGAACUAAAAAGAAAUCAGAUGGUCCUCUGGAAGGUGGGAGAAAGAAGCGCCAGCGUACAGUUCCAGUUGCUGAUGGAGCAGCUGGUGGGGAUGGUGGUCCAGGAAAUCCCCUAGGGCUGAACUCAUCUGCUGCUGGCCUCAAUGAUGGCGCUUCUGCAGCGUCAGCGGUUGCCCUGACACGGGUUGUGGUGGGAGAGCAGGUCGCAGCACGAGUGUCUGCCACUGAGGAUGGCAAGGAUGAAUGGAUUGUUGUAAAGGUCCUCCGCAUCGACCGGGAGGCAAACAGAUUUGACGUGAUUGAUGAGGAGCCAGGGGAGGAGGAUGAGGGUGGGCAAAGAAAGUACCGCCUGUCUGGCUCCUGCAUCAUCCCGUUUCACAAGCGCAACGAGUGGAUGUCAGCCUCCGACUUUCCUCCUGGGUCCAGAGUGCUCGCGGUUUUCCCCAGCACCACUGCACUUUAUCAAGCAACAGUGGUUGGGCAACCACGCAAGGUAGGUGCUAGCUGGGGCCAGCGUGCCCCAUUUCUGUCCGCUUAUCUCAUCAAUUAUUAUCAAAUAUUGUGA